UUACGACGAACACCUGGAGCGGGGGGUGGCGAAUGUUAUCGCACGUGCUACGCGAUUGAUCCUGUGGUGAUUGCCCUGAUCCUUUGGAACCACCAACGUAUCAAGAUCCGGAUCCGAUACCUUAAUUUCCGGAUUUACUUAAUUAAACACAGUUGAGCGGAGGCGGGCGAGUAAACACUCGGUCAACAAGGAGAGUGAAGUGGAAUCUCCACCGCCGACUCGUUCGUAAGCGGGGGCGAGGUUAAUCUCUCCCCGCUCCAAACCCUAACCUCAACCUCUUCCAGCAAUUUUUGAUCGCUCCCUCUCGAUCUUCAUUCAUUCGAAGAAUUGGUUCUUCCUCCAUCCCGAGACCUCAAUUCUUGAUCUAUAGAUUGUUAUUGCCGGAAAUUGGGGUCCGCGAGGCGCCGACCGAUGGAAGGGGGAGCGACCGGUGGGACGGACGUGGAGUUGGUCUCCAAGACGCUGCAGUUCGAGCACAAGCUGUUCUAUUUCGAUCUGAAGGAGAAUCCCAGGGGGAGGUACCUCAAGAUCUCCGAGAAGACUUCGGCCACAAGGUCCACCAUCAUCGUCCCCGUCGAUGGCAUCGUCUGGUUCCUCGAAUUGUUUGGCUACUACAUCAGCACGGACGAGCAGGACGUCUUCAGCAAGGAGCUCAAGCUUGAUUCCAAGGCGUUUUACUUUGAUGUUGGUGAGAACAAAAGGGGGCGUUUUUUGAAGAUAUCAGAGGCAUCUGUUAACAGAAACCGGAGUACAAUCAUUGUUCCUGCAGGAAUUUCUGGUGAAGAAGGAUGGGUAGCAUUUAGAAAUGUUUUACAAGAGAUACAUGAAGAGGCUUCACGGCUAUUCAUGGUACCAAAUCAGCAACAUCUGGAAGCUCCAGAACAUCUCCCUGGACUUUCAGAUGAUGUCGGUGCUGGAUUCAUAUCAGGCCACAGUGCCCAAUCAUCCUCUGGCUCAGAGUUGAAUGCUGAUCGAUUGGUUGAUGUGCACACGCACAAUGAGAUUGGAGGCAUGGGGAUGUCUAAAUUAAUUAGGGUAGAUCAGAAGAGGUUCUUCUUUGAUUUGGGAAGCAACAACAGGGGACACUUCUUGAGGAUAUCUGAGGUUGCUGGAGUUGAUCGCUCAUCAAUCAUCCUCCCCCUGUCUAGUCUGAAGCAGUUCCAUGAAAUGAUUGGCCAUUUUGUAGCGAUAACCAAGGACAGGCGUGAUGUAACAACCGGUGCAGAUGUUCGGACACUGGAGCCUGCACAAAUGUAGGUGAAAACUAAAGCAUCCAAAACAAUCCAUGUAUGAUAACUUUGAGGUUCCAGUCUGAUGACUAUAGCUAUCAACUGUUCUCUCUGAACUCUCAUGGACAAGGACUUGCACGAGGGCAGAAAGGCAACUCUAUGUCCUCCUCAGUUCCGAGAGGACUACUCCGUGAGAAUGCAACGAACCCAUCACAUUAGGAUGGCGGCUAAAUUUCCUUAAUGACACAACCUUUCACCAUCAGGUGGAAUGGAGCAGUCAGAAGCCAGAGAACAGGGCAGCUUCCAACUUCUCCAACAAGGUGACAGAACUCCAUCAUGAGUUACAUAAAUCUAUUCAUUGCAAAUUAUUUAUCUGCUGUGGAAUCAUGGCUGCCUGACACAUCUUAUAGCUAGUGUGGUCCUCACACUACUCAUUCCUAAUAUUUAACAUGUCCAUGUUUAAACAGAGAUUUAUCUACUAGUGAUGCUUCUGUUUUCUUGACAA